AUGCACCUCCUGCGGCACGCGGCCCACACCGCCCUGCGGCGCUGCUCCGACGCUUCCCUGGCCAAGGGUCUUCGCACGCCAUCCUUCAAACGACCCGUCGUGGUCCCCGCGAUUGCCUACUUCUCCACAUCUCGCAGCACGCCUGCCAAGAACCAGAUCUUCGCAUCUGUCCGACAUCCCAACGACUUCCAUACCUACCAGCUCAUGUCCUCUUCGUCCCGCACACCUCUGAUAACGCUGUGGACCACUUCGUGGUGCGGGACCUGUCGCGUCGUCGCUCCUCUGGUCCGGUCCCUCGUGGAAGCCGGCGUGGGCGAGGCCGAGGGCGGUGUCGCAUACUGCACGGUCGAGUUCGACUCUCCCGACGUCAUGAGCGAGGGACUGGGCAUGACCUACAUGAUCACCUCGAUCCCCACCCUGCUCAGCUUCGACAACCAAGAAGCCCAGAUCCAGACAAAGGUCCACGACGCGAAAAAGCUGACUGACCGUGCCUUCCUCGAAGAAUGGAUCAGGACCGAGGCUCGGCGUCACGGGCAGCGCGGAGCCGGCGGGGGGCCCGGCGGCGUCUUUGGCGGGCUGUUUGGCGGCUUCAAAUGA